UAUCUAUAUAUAUAUAUAUUACAUAUAUAUAUCACUUAUUCGCUAUCUUUAUCUUUUCAUCUAUUUCUCCUUGUACACGCAUACACGUUCUGUCCUUUUUCCUCUCUGUCUCUGUUUUUGACUCUCUUUCUAUCUGGGAAUCGCUUACGUCCUUCGCCCUUUUCGUCCGACAUUCGUCUUACAAAUAGCACACAUCUAGGCGGCUCUUCUACUCCCGGACGCGCUAGCCGGUACCGUAUUUCGCGACGGAAAAGUAUAUUACUCGACGCAUGCUACCCCGUAUGCGUACAUGUGUACCGUGGAGCCGGCUUCAGGCACACUUGUCUCCAAGAUAUCUACGAAAGCAAGGAUAUUUACUCUGCUAUCAUUACAAGUACAACGAUUUCUUCUAAGGAUAACUCAUCGAACUAUCAAUAUCUACAAGAAGAAGUUACUUCAAAUUCAACGAUAAGAAUCGUCGUCAUCGCACUGUCACGGGUACGCCCUUCUUUAUUCGAAGGAAUCGCGUCAUUUUUCUCGUGUGGAAAACAUCAUCGUUACCAUCAUCAUAUGCGGUACCAGAUGAGAAAGAGGGUUCUAAACAAAGGACUAAAAGAAGAAACGUGCGUAGAAUUAAUAUGAUCACGACGAUAUGGGAAGAAAUGGUGAAUUACUUCGAGGCCGAAAAUUUCGAAUGAUUUUGAAACAUUCAGGGUAUUAAACGAAUUUUUUACUUAAAAGACAGAAGAGCGACGAAAUCAAAUACAUUUUUAAAGAAAAAUAUACAAAUUAUCAUACUCAUCCCUAUAUUUUCGCGUGUUAUUCAAACACGAAAUAUUGCGAUGCCAAAGGACGUACAACGAUUGGUGUAUGACACGAGUAAUUCUUGAAGAUAAAUUUCCUUUAUAUUUAACAUCGAAUCGUAAAGGUGUAGGCUAAUUAUGGAUGACAUAAAGGUGCCCAAUUUAGGACAAGCUGCAUCGGCUGCAUGCUCAAUGGCUACAAAUUUCUUAGCCCCAGUCAAAACCGAAAGACAAAUUUAUGAAAAUUCAAUGCUCGAAGAUGAUCCUAAUGCAAAUUCAGUGGUACCCACUUCUAAUGAAGAUAGGAUAGUACCGAGAUGGGGUCCUAGUCACAAAGGUGCACAAGAAUUAGCAAAUCUUUACAGUACCGGAAAAAGAACACAAGAAUGUAUAUGCGUUGGUAUUUGUAUUGCAUUGGUAGCAAUAAAUUCGUUAUUCAUCCUAGUCAGAUUAAAAUUUGAAAAUUUAAGUGCGAUAGCAGUAGCAGCAUUAUGCGGAAUCGUUACGGCGGAUUUUGGAUCAGGAUUAGUUCAUUGGGCUGCUGAUACAUGGGGUUCUGUGGAAUUACCCAUUCUUGGAAAGAAUUUUUUAAGACCUUUUCGAGAACAUCACAUUGAUCCAACCAGUAUAACGAGGCACGAUUUUAUUGAAACGAAUGGUGACAAUUUUAUGGUUACCAUACCAUUCCUUUCUAAAUUAACAUGGGAUUUUCUUACUUUAUCAGAACCGGAAAUUGAGCAGAAAUUUCUUUGGACGUGUUAUUGGUUUUUACUUGCAAUUUUUGUAGCAAUGACUAAUCAGAUUCAUAAGUGGUCUCAUACAUACUUCGGACUUCCUUCUUGGGUAGUUUGGCUGCAGGAGCAUAGAAUAAUUUUACCGAGGAAACACCAUCGCGUGCAUCAUGUUGCGCCGCAUGAAACAUAUUUUUGCAUUACCACUGGCUGGUUAAACUGGCCAUUAGAAAAACUUCAGUUUUGGUGUAUUUUAGAAAUUAUUAUUGAAAAAUUAACUGGUUGUAAGCCUAGAGCCGAUGACCUAAAAUGGGCACAGAAAAGAUCUUGAGAUUUAAUGUGGUUUUUCUUAGCUCUGCAUUUUAGGGGGUAUUCAAGAUAUGUAAUAUAGCAUCAUAUAUUUUUGAGGGACUGAUAAAAUAACAUCGAAUUACUGACUAAUAACACAAAAAGAGAAAUUUAUGCACAGACAAUAGUAAAAGCUUGAGUGAUACACAUAAAAAUGAUAUUAAAUCUAUAUAGUUUUUUUAUACUAGUACUAUGAGGCCUUUGAAUAAAAAAAAGUCUAGAGUGACUAAGAAUAAAUAGUAUUACUUGAAAAUGCUUUUGAACUUUACACGUUUAUAAUACGUACAUGCAAUAAUAUAUAUAUAUACAUGUAUAAGACAAAUGUAAUAUUAUAACGUUAUAUAUGUCAUAUAAAAAAUUGAUAAUCGGCCUGUUGUACUGUAUUAUGAGAUUUAUUUCAUAGCACAAUGAUUUCACAAAAUGCACAAGACUCACUGGAUCUUAGCAUUAAAAAGUGUAUAAUUAAUUUUUCAUUAUGAAAUAUCUUUAAACAAACACAGGAAAGGUAAAAACAAAGUUUAAAAUAAAAGAAACUAAACUAUCUUAUAGUCUUUAUGUGUUUCGUAAGCACAUAUGUCCAGUGACUGAAGUAAAAAAGGAAAUAUAAAUAUAUAUAAUAAGCUUAAAUUAUACGUACGUGUAUAUAUAACUUUUACACACA